AGAGGUGAAGCUGUGUGAGACGAAGACGCUGCUAAGAUGAGCUGCACCGUUCAGAUCGCAGUAAUCAUUCAGUUUGACCGAUGACGCAGCGCGGAUAUCCUUACUUAUCUGCAGUGAUUAAAAACGCGUGAUUUAGCUAACAGUCAGUAUGUCUUUCUUCGUAGACUCAGUGAUUAUGUUCACCUCUCAGGUGCUGUUUUUCGGGUUUGGCUGGCUCUUUUUUAUGCGGCAGUUGUUUAAAGAUUAUGAGGUGCGUCAGUAUGUGGUGCAAGUGGUUUUCUCUGUCACGUUUGCAUUUUCCUGCACUAUGUUUGAACUCAUCAUCUUUGAAAUCCUCGGAGCAUUAAGUAGCACGUCCAGAUAUUUUCACUGGAAGCUGAAUUUAUAUGUUAUACUGCUGGUUCUAAUAUUUGUAGUGCCUUUCUACAUUGGCUACUUUGUGGUCAGUAACAUACGUUUGUUGCAGAGACAGAGGCUGCUUUUUGCAUGUGUGGUUUGGUUUACCUUCAUGUAUUUUUUCUGGAAACUUGGCGACCCUUUUCCCAUAUUGAGUCCAAAACAUGGCAUUCUGUCCAUUGAGCAGCUCAUCAGCCGAGUGGGGGUCAUCGGCGUGACACUGAUGGCUCUGCUGUCUGGUUUUGGUGCUGUGAACUGCCCAUACACAUAUAUGUCCUAUUUUCUCAGGAAUGUGACUGAUAGUGAUAUCCUGGCUCUGGAGAGACGACUGCUUCAGACCAUGGACAUGAUUGUCAGUAAGAAGAAGAGGAUCGCCAUGACGAGAAGGCAGAUGUAUCAGCGAGGAGAGGACCAAAAUAAACAGGCUGGAUUCUGGGGGAUGAUCAAGAGUGUUACAUCUUCCACUUCAGGCAGUGAGAACCUGUCUCUGAUCCAGCAGGAGGUGGUUGCUCUAGAGGAGCUCAGUAGGCAGCUUUUCCUGGAGACAGUGGACCUGCAGGCUACUAAGGAACGAAUAGAAUACUCAAAGACUUUUCAAGGAAAGUACUUUAAUUUUCUGGGGUACUUCUUCUCCAUCUACUGUGUAUGGAAGAUAUUCAUGGCCACAAUCAACAUAGUCUUUGACCGUGUCGGCAAGACAGAUCCAGUGACGAGAGGUAUAGAAAUCACAGUCAACUACCUGGGAAUCCAGUUUGAUGUGAAGUUCUGGUCUCAGCACAUUUCCUUCAUCCUGGUGGGAAUCAUUAUCGUCACUUCUAUACGAGGCCUUUUAAUCACGCUUACCAAGUUCUUUUACGCUAUCUCCAGCAGCAAGUCGUCUAAUGUAAUAGUGCUGGUCCUGGCCCAGAUCAUGGGGAUGUAUUUUGUGUCCUCUGUGUUGCUCAUGCGCAUGAGCAUGCCCCUGGAGUACCGCACCAUUGUCACAGAGGUCCUGGGAGAGCUGCAGUUUAACUUCUAUCAUCGCUGGUUUGACGUGAUAUUCCUCGUAAGCGCUCUCUCCAGCAUCCUCUUCCUCUACCUGGCACACAAGCAGGCCCCCGAGAAGCACAUGACCCUGUGACCCUCAUUCUUGUGUCUCCUUUCAAAACAACACUUCUGUUUUCUAAGGGGCCUUUACUUUUACUGGGACUGAACUUCCUGAAUCAGGAAAAGCCUAGAGACUGCGCUGUUCACUGGGGUGUUGGUUCGAGAACUUUGAGGGUGUUUGUCUAGUUUGGAUCAAAUUGUAUUUACGUGGAUGGGACAAGAUGUUAUAGAAAUUAAGUAUAGGUUUUCUUCAGUGUUCACUUUUAAAAAAUUUUAAAUCAUUAUUCAUAAAAAUUGUUUUUUUCUCAUCAUUAUUUUGUCAUUUUUCAUUGGACCAGACAUAACAGGAAGCCAUACGGGAAACACAUAAUCGGCUAUCAUGUUUACCACUAUUCACCUGCCUAUACACUGUUAGUACAAUAUUGUACAUUAAAUCACUAAGCGCUGUCAUAUAUGGCCUUUUUUAAUGAUAUGCCCAUGUGAAACAUUAGAAACAUUAAACACACCCCCAGCUGUCAGAAAAGGGAAAAAAAAAGAUUUCAGAAUGACAAAGAAUGAGCCUGCAGAUUUUAUUUGCUAGUACAUUUAUUUGUAUUACUCUGUGCACAGAGAUGGCUCACCCCUGACUCUUUGUCUUCUAAACAAGAGCCUGUGGCCACAUUAGUCUUCCAUUCUUAUAGCUUUUAUCAGAAAAAGAUGUUUUUGAAUGUAUUGUGUUAGCUGAACAGUAAAAAAAGAGGGUAGAUAGUAUAACCCAGUACCAAAAACAUUAUUGUGGAAAGAGUUUGCUCGUGAAUGGCAUCAAAUAUUUUACAGAAUCAUCACAUUUCACGAAACUGCCAUCAGAAAAAAAGCGGAGAAAAUACAUCAUUUCAGGGAAACUGCUUGGAAAAGUGCAUCUCAUUUGCUUUAAAGGUUGGACAGUCCAGUCUCAUUAUGCCAGUGAUGUCAUUGCUCAUGAUCACUGUGGGUAAAUGUAGGAGACCCUCAGAUACUUGAAUAAAUAUUUUUUAAUAAGGCUGCUACAUCAUUUAUUUAUCAUUUAUCAUUGUUAAUACAUGUGAUCCUGGUUUGUGAACAGGGCACAAUCCCUGAUUGCUUUCCUUCAGAAAAGUUUCUGUUUAGGAAGGGUAAUUAUUUACCACUUACAAGACAUUUUAACUUGAUUGUGCAAACUGAUGACAUAAAUAUCAAUAUAAUCCAGCAUCGAGAAAAAUGUGGGGUGGCCUUCUCAAAGUCUCACAUCCUCACUGCCUGCCGAGGAUGUAGAUGAUACGGAAGGUGUCUAAAAUGAAGAAAAAAGAGAUACCAGUUGAAUGAGAGAGCAACAAUUUGAAUGUUUAGUGCUGGGUGAUGCAUCGUCUAAUCUUUUAUACUGAUUUAUGCGGUGAGAGUAUUUUGAAGAAAUAAAAACUAAAUAAUUAGGAUGAUUCUUUUGUGAAAAACUACUAUCUACUUGCUGAAUGUUUACAAUACUGUGUGAAGUUUCCUUGGGUGUAAUUUUACAAGAAGAAAACAGAAUAAAACCGUCUGAUCAAGCUA